CUGUGAAUGAGGGGCGGAGCCAAGACUGGCCUGUUUCGGACAAUAGCAAACCCACAACUACCAAUCAACCUGCAGCGUUUGAAUUUAAAUUGUCAGGGCAAUGGCGCCGUAUUCCCGGUGUAUUUGUGACAGUUUCAUUGUGAGUGUGAAUAUCGGGCGUGCUUGUGAACACUGAACGUGAUCGUGACUGUUCCAUUGUGGUGUGAUUGUGAACACUGAAUGUGAUGGUAACUGUUCCAUUGGGGUGUGAUUGUGAACACUGAAUGUGAUGGUAACUGUUCCAUUGGGGUGUGAUUGUGAACACUGAAUGUGAUGGUAACUGUUCCAUUGGGGUGUGAUUGUGAACACUGAAUGUCAUGGUGAUUAUUCUAUUGGGGUGUGAUUGUGAACACUGAAUGUCAUGGUGACUGUUCUAUUGGGGUGUGAUUGUGAACACUGAAUGUGAUGGUAACUGUUCCAUUGGGGUGUGAUUGUGAACGCUGAAUGUGAUGGUAACUGUUCCAUUGGGGUGUGAUUGUGAACACUGAAUGUGAUGGUAACUUCCAUUGUGGUGUGAUUGUGAACGCUGAAUGUGAUGGUAACUGUUCCAUUGGGGUGUGAUUGUGAACACUGAAUGUGAUGGUAACUUCCAUUGUGGUGUGAUUGUGAACACUGAAUGUGAUGGUAACUUCCAUUGUGGUGUGAUUGUGAACACUGAAUGUGAUGGUAACUGUUCCAUUGGGGUGUGAUUGUGAACACUGAAUGUGAUGGUAACUUCCAUUGUGGUGUGAUUGUGAACACUGAAUGUGAUGGUAACUUCCAUUGUGGUGUGAUUGUGAACGCUGAAUGUGAUGGUAACUGUUCCAUUGUGGUGUGAUUGUGAACACUGAAUGUGAUGUUAACUUCCAUUGUGGUGUGAUUGUGAACACUGAAUGUGAUGGUAACUGUUCCAUUGUGGUGUGAUUGUGAACACUGAAUGUCAUGGUGAUUAUUCUAUUGGGGUGUGAUUGUGAACACUGAAUGUGAUGGUAACUGUUCCAUUGUGGUGUGAUUGUGAACACUGAAUGUCAUGGUGAUUAUUCUAUUGGGGUGUGAUUGUGAACACUGAAUGUCAUGGUGACUAUUCUAUUGGGGUGUGAUUGUGAACACAAUGUCAUGGUGACUGUUCUAUUGGGGUGUGAUUGUGAACACAAUGUCAUGGUGACUGUUCUAUUGGGGUGUGAUUGUGAACACUGAAUGUGAUGGUGACUAUUCUAUUGGGGUGUGAUUGUGAACACUGAAUGUCAUGGUGACUAUUCUAUUGGGGUGUGAUUGUGAACACUGAAUGUCAUGGUGACUCUUCUAUUGGGGUGUGAUUGUGAACACUGAAUGUCAUGGUGACUAUUCUAUUGGGGUGUGAUUGUGAACACUGAAUGUCAUGGUGACUAUUCUAUUGGGGUGUGAUUGUGAACACUGAAUGUCAUGGUGAUUAUUCUAUUGGGGUGUGAUUGUGAACACUGAAUGUCAUGGUGACUAUUCUAUUGGGGUGUGAUUGUGAACACUGAAUGUGAUGGUAACUUCUGUAAGUUUGAACAUCAAGGAUCUGAGCUCUAGUCUGUUUGUGGGUGUAAUUUGAUCUCUUGUAUACUAUAAGUGUUUAGGAGUGGUUGUGACAGUUCUCAUGCAUGUGAAAAUAUUCCAGUCUGAUUGUGUUUUCCCGGGAAGCUGUUGUGGAAUGGAAAUUGACCUUAGCCAGGUCUCUUGGUUGACCAAGAAACAAGACAGAUCUGGUGUAACAUUCACUGUGCCUUAACAUGGAUUUGGACCAAUCCAGUGAGAGUCAGGAUACAAAUCAGUGGGUUCCUAUACGGAAACGAGUUAGGGAAAAAAAUGUUAGUAUCAAGACAGCACCACCCAGCAAGAAAAAGAACAGUAACUGCAUUAGUGUUCCUGAAAUGAAUGUGAAGCAAAAGGAGGAGGUGCAUCCUGCAUCAUCACUGACCCAGGAUUACAUGGAGCAGGUUGACUGUGACAGUCAGGAAGAUCUCUUUGGGGACUAUGAAAGCUUUGCAGAUGACAGCUGCUUUUUGACACAGCUUGCAGAAAGAAGAUGUCCCAAUUUUGCUUCAAGCCCAGCGGAAAAUGAAAAGGAAGACUGGAAAGAUGCUGUGGAACCUCAGACGACAUUUCAGAAUCCCAACUUGCUCAAUUGUUUACAAAAUGAUGAGAGCAAAACACACAAGCACCCUGUUGAGGAUGUGAUCCUUGCUACUAGCAAGAAAGACUCUAGUGGAAAGAAGAGCAAUGCUGCAAGUGAGCAGAUUUGUACAGAAGUUUUAUCUGUGUUGCAAGCUGGAAACAUUGAUGAACCAGAUGAGUUACCAAGCUCACAACUUGCACUAAUGGAAAAAAUUAACUCACCACUGAUAAAGCAUAAAAGCAAAAGCUUAGAAUCAGAAACCAGUUGGAUGUCAAACUGUUGUGUCAACGACCACCCUAAUAUUCCCUCAAAUUCGGAGAAGGAAAUGCUAAAUCUUAGCAAAGUACAAAACCAAUCAAGGAUUACAAAUUCUGGAACAAGUAAGCAGAUGAGCCUGAAAGAUCAGAUGAAACAUGCAAUGGCUGGAAAUGCUAUGGCACCCGCACCACAGGCAUCCAGGAGUAAACAGCUGAAGGAGAUUGUUCUUUCUGAGGAAAUAAACGUUGCUCUGAAAACUAUUGAAGCUUCUUCAGGGGUUGAUAUGGGGCCUUUUUAUGGACUUCCGAGCAAAGUCAAGGAUCUGAUUUUCCAGUUCAAAGGCAUCAAAGAACUCUAUGAGUGGCAACAUACUUGCUUGACGUUAGAAUCUGUGCAGGAAAGAAAAAAUCUAAUUUAUUCAUUGCCAACAAAUGGUGGGAAGACACUGGUUGCUGAAAUUUUGAUCAUGCAGGAGCUACUAUGUAGGAAGAAUGAUGUGCUGUUUAUUUUGCCAUAUGUGGCUAUUGUCCAGGAAAAGGUGCGAGGUCUUUCAGCUUUUGGAAUAGAAUUUAAUUUCUUGGUUGAAGAAUAUGCUGCAAGCAAAGGCAAGUUCCCACCAAUCAAGCGUAGACAGAAGAAAUCCCUGUACAUUGCCACCAUUGAGAAGGCCCAUAGUUUGGUGAAUUCCCUAAUAGAAACUGAAAGAAUUAAUAGUUUGGGACUUGUUGUAGUAGAUGAGCUGCACAUGCUUGGUGAAGGAAGUCGCGGGGCUGUACUAGAGAUGGCAUUGUCUAAAAUCCUCUACACAAGCAAAACCACACAAAUCAUUGGAAUGAGUGCAACCCUGAAUAAUGUGAGUGAUUUGCAGCACUUCCUGAAGGCAGAACAUUACACCAGUAACUUUCGACCUGUUCAGUUAAAAGAAUAUGUCAAAAUUCGUGAUAUCAUUUAUGAGGUGGACAACAAAUCAGAAGACUAUUUCACAUUUUCUCGUGUAUUAAGUUACAAGUAUUCAAGUAAUAUGGAGAAGAUUGACCCAGAUCACUUAAUUGCACUGGUGACUGAAGUUAUUCCAAAAUAUUCCUGUCUUGUGUUCUGUCCCACCAAAAAGAAUUGUGAAAAUGUGAGCAAGAUGCUCUGCAAGUAUUUAAGCAGGUCAUUCAUAACCCUAAAGGAGAAAGAAAAGUGCGCUCUUAUUGAAGAAUUGAAAAGCAUUGGAAAUGGUCUGAUGUGCCCCAUUUUACGUCAGACUGUGCCAUAUGGAUUAGCUUACCACCAUGGCGGGCUGACAAAUGAUGAACGGAAGCUCAUAGAGGAGGCCUAUUCUGCAGGAAUACUCUGCUUGCUUACUUGUACAUCAACACUUGCUACUGGGGUUAACCUACCAGCUCGGAGGGUUAUUCUGAGAUCACCUUAUGUUGCCAGAGAUUUCUUAAAGAGAAGUCAAUACAAACAGAUGGUUGGCAGAGCUGGCCGAGCUGGUAUUGAUACAGAGGGAGAGAGCAUUCUGAUAACACAAGAGCAGGACAAAAAGCUGAUUACAGAUUUAGUAAGUAGACCUCUAGAAGGUUGCUACAGCAAUCUCAUACAUGACAAUGAAAAAGGAAUUAAAGAUCUGCUGCUAUCCCUGAUUGGGCUAAAGAUUGCCCAGACACUUGGUGAAAUUGUUGAGUUCAUGGCUGGCACUCUGCUUGGUGUACAGCAGCAGCAACUCUUCAAAGGGAAAAGCUUUUUGGAAGUCAUAGAACAAGCAUUGGAACCGUUGAUGGAAAAAAGUUUAAUAGAGGGCAAAGUGUCAAGUAGUAGCGAUGAGGAAGAAAUAUACCACAAGCUGCAAGUCACAAAGCUGGGUCAUGCUACUUUUAAAGGAUCAAUAGACUUGGCUUACUGUGAUACAUUGAACAUGGACUUGAAGAAAAGUUUGGAGGGGUUGGUGCUUGGCAACUGCCUUCACCUCAUCUACUUGGUAACACCAUAUGAUAUGGUUUCCCAGUGCACUCCAGAUUGGAUGGUCUAUUUUAGGCAGUUUCAUCAGAUGGAUGUAGUUGAACAGAAGGUCUUUUCCACUGUGGGUGUACCUGAGAGCUUCCUUACAAAGAAGGCCUCUGGUCAAGCAGUCAGGAAGACUGUAGAUGGAUUUGUUGUAGGCCGGUUCUACCUGUCGUUGGUGCUGUACUCCCUUUUCAAAGAGAUGAACACGUGGGCUGUGGCGCAGAAGUUCAACAUGUCUCGUGGCUUUCUGCAAAGUUUGCUGAAUUCAGCAGCAACUUUCUGCUCUAGUGUGCUGCAUUUCUGUGAGGAAUUAGAGGAGUUCUGGGCAUAUCAGGCUCUCUUUCAAAACCUCACUCAUAAACUGUCAUACUGUGUGAAACCAGAACUUGUCCCUCUUAUGGAAGUAUCAGGCAUCCUAGAGGCUCGAGCUCGACAGUUAUACAAAGCUGGUUAUAAAUCUUUGUCACAUCUGGCUAAUGCAAGCCCUGAAAUGUUGGUCAAGACAAUUGAACAUAUGUCCAGACGCCAGGCUAAUCAGAUUGUUUCCUCUGCUAAAAUGCUGCUAAAUGAAAAAGCUGAAGCAUUACAAGAAGAAGUAGAAGAGCUUUUGAGACUGCCCGUUGACUUACCACUACAGUCUGUAUCUACUGAGACUGCCCACUGACACAGCUACAGUCUAAAUAUACUGAAAAUGCCCAAUGAAAUACUGUUACAGACUGUAUCUGCCUGGUGACAGCACUAUAGUCUGUAUCUACUGAGACUGCCUGAUGAUGCACCGCUACAGUUUGUAUCUGCUGAAACUGCCUAGUGAUGCACCGCUUUAGUCUGUAUCUACUGAGACUACCUGGUGAUGCACAGCUUCAGUCAGUAUCUACUGUGACUGCCUGGUGACAUAUCACUUCAGGCUGUUUCAACUGAGACUGCCUGGUGACUAUAUAUAGUCUGUAUCUACUGCAUGCAGUUAUUAAGCAUGCAGAGGUAUUAUUUGCACCAUAUGUGAUUGUAACUAAGUGGAGUGUUUUAGACUAAGCAGCCUAUCUCCUUGUUUUGUAUGAUUUAGUAAAGCAGAGUAGUUGUUUGAGUGCGCAAAUACAAUGGUUUGAGAUCUGUAAACUACAGUCUAUAUAUUUGUUAGUGUAUAAAAAGUAUUGAAGUAGCCUCCAGUAAAUAAUUGGGUUUAAUUAUUCAAACUUCUAUUUACAUCUUUUAUAAAAGUACACAAAAGCAAGCACAAUAAAAUACUGAUAAUUUA